AUGGCCUGUAAGCCGAGCAUAUGCACAAUUUCCCUGGGACGAGCCUUUGCAGGACAUUCCCUUGAACACAAACUUGACAUGGCUCAGAAAUAUGGCUUCAAAGGGAUUGAGCUGUUUUACGAAGAUCUCCAACAUUUGGCCACUGUCAUGCCAGGAGGAUGCUCACCACCAAACCUGCUGGCGGCGGCUCGCCAAGUACGACGGUGGUGCGAAACCCGCAAGCAAGAGAUUAUAUGCCUUCAGCCGUUUUUGCAUUUCGGAGGGCUUUUGGAUCGCAGCAAGGCCAAACAAGACCUCGAGACUGUUGCAUUUUGGACUGAUUUGGCCGCGACGCUCGGUACCGAUUUAAUCUUGUUGCCGAGCUCGUUCCUACCUGCCACUCAGCUCACAGACAAUCUGUCGGUACUCGUCCACGACUUGCAAAACGCCGCAGAAAUUGGUUUGAAAAAGUCGCCAGCGGUCCGCUUUGCCUUUGAGGCGCUGUGUUGGGGCACGCGUGUAAAUGCGUGGGAGGACAGUUGGAAAAUAGUCACUGCCGUCAACAGGCCCAACUUUGGCCUCUGCAUCGACACUUUCAACAUUGCCGGCCACAUCUUUGCCGAUCCCGCCGCCUCGAGCGGGUGCAGACCUAAUGCCGACUUGAGUCUCAAAAGCUCAAUGCAGCGCCUCAUGGCGCAGGUCGACGUUUCCAAAGUCUUUCUCGUGCAGGUUGCAGACGCCGAGAGGCUGGCGAAGCCGCUGGACGAGGCGCACCCAUUCUACGACGCGGAGCAGCCGUCGAGGAUGAGCUGGUCGCGCAACUGUCGCUUAUUCUACGGCGAAGACCACUUGGGCGGCCAUCUGCCCGUCGACAAGAUUCUGCAGACUGUGGUGCACGGGCUGGGGUAUCGCGGCUGGUUGAGCUUUGAGGUGUUUCAUCAGAGGCUGGCGGAUAGCGACGGCGCGAUACCAGAACAUUUUGCGGCUCGGGCGUCGUGGUCAUGGGCGAGGCUGGUGCGCGACCUGUCUCUUGAGUCAGCAAGGCCUCGGCCCGACUUUGGGCAGGAAAAGGAACGUGUUGUGCUGAAGGAUUCCAACACGAGAUUAUGA